CCUAACUUACACCAGCACCAAGAGAACAACUUUACAAUACAAAUUGAAAAUACCGUAUUUUUUUAAGCAAGCUGUCGGUAAAUUACAGUUUUAGUUGCUUGGGCCAACGAUACCGAUUUCUUGGUACAGACAAUUCUGAUAACUUUUUCCUGGAAGGCUUUUGGCAUGGUAAUAGCCAAACUACAAACUAAGGAAGUCGACAAUGUGUUGAAGUGAUCUCAAUAAAAACUUUUUGAACAAAGAAGUAGUUUGUGAUGGAAGGUGCACUAUUUUUGAUUGCUUUUCUACUGCCUUUGGAAUUUUUCGCGACACAAACGCGAAGAACGUUGAAAGUCUUACAAAGUUUACAAAAUGGAACGUACGAAAAUGGAACAUUUGUAAAGAUGUCAUGCAAAAUACAAAAUGCAACAUCCUACCGCUGGCUAAAGGAUGGACAGUAUCUUUCACUGAAUGAAACUGCCUUCCGUAUAAAGAGCAGAGAGCUAGUCAUAAAAUCGAUUGGCGAGCAAACAAGUGGUGUUUACGAGUGUGUGGGAACAGACGAAAAAGGAAAUGCUGGUCGUACUACAGCAAGGAUAAAGCUCCUGGAUCCAGGGUGCAUUCGUAAAACAGACAUUUUUUCUGAGUGCGUUUAUUUUGACGAAAUAUUAUGUGAAAAUGUGAGAAGCUUUCCUCCGAAAGUUGAGAACGUAAGAGUGGAAAUUCAAGCUGACUACAACGUUUCAGCGGGAGAUGUACCUAAAAUAUGGUUUGCUGUUAUAUGGGAUAUUCCUAGAGUAGGUCGAGCGAGCCUAUGGGGUUGGCAAGUUAGUGUACUCAGCUUACCUCCUAAUAAAUAUUUCGAAUGCUAUCAACUCAAUGUGAGACCAAGGAACAUUUACUCAAAACAGGAUAUGACGAAGGUGUAUCACGUCCCUGUUCCAUACACAUCUACCACAUACAGUAUAGAAGUAAAAUCUGUUCCGUAUUUUAAAAAUGAAAAUGUUGUCAAGACAGAAGUUAAAUCACCAAGCGAAUGCGAUUUGAUAAUAAAUCCAAGGGACUGGAAAGCAUGUUGUAAGUCACAAAUUGACGGAGAUAUGAUGGUAACAGCAAACAAUAGUGUAGCUUUAAACUGGACUUUAAACUUUCCAAGCAAUUUAAAUAUUACCGGUUAUAAGUUUCUCAUUCGUUGGGAGAGUGAAAAUAGAGAAGUUUGUGAUGAUGGACACAUUAAACAGAACUCGACAAAAUCAAAUUACACAAUAUUAAGUUUAUCUAAUCGCUGCAAUUACACAAUAGUGAUAACCUUGCUCUUCACGGAAUCCAGUAAUAUCAAAUGCAUAUUCAAAAAGACGAAAAUAUUUCACUACAUAACUCCAAGACAUAUAGCUUUUACUUCGACUGCACCUUUGAUAAAAAAACCUACACCUAAAUGGGCGACGGCUGCUUUUGUAAUCGCUGCUAUUUUAGCAGGUGUUAUUGUCGCUGCUUUGAUAUAUAUUUGGAAGAAACGAAAAGAUAGCAAACGUGUAGAUGAUGCCCUUGGAAUGGAAAUUGGAAGAAUAUUUGAUUACAGGAUAACAUCGUCCAGUUUCAAGAAAGAUUUUCCACCACAUGGUGCAAGAUUGAAUACCAAUUCAGCUUGGUCAUCUGAUGUGGAUAAUAAACGGCAAUGGAUUCAAAUAGACCUUUGUAAGAAGAACGUUUUGUCGGGAAUUGCAACCCAAGGCUGUAAGGCAGCCGAUGAAUGGGUGACUGAGUAUUCAGUUUCAUACAGCAAUGAUGGUGAAUUGUACGAGACUUAUCAAAUUAAUGACAUUGAAGAGGUAUUUGUUGGCAACCGUGAUAGGAAUUCUGUUGUGAAAAAUGUUUUCUCACCUCCCAUAACGGCACGUUAUAUCCGCGUUCAACCAAAGUCUUGGCACAAUAAAAUUACGAUGAGAUUGGAGUUAUACGGACACAGCAAUAUACAUUCGACAGGUGAGGUUUGUGUUUUUAUUUUAAACCCAAAUCACUGUGAUUUGUGCACGGAUGUUGUACACACUUUAGCUGUGUUACUGACAGAGACUGGACGUAUUCAUUGUGAAGUUGACAUUUUUGCACCCAUGAACGAAAGAUCACAGGGAAUUCUAAAGUUCACUGAAGAAAAAAUAUCUAUUUGUGAUUAUGUCAUCAUUCCAUGGAUGUGUCGUAUCCAUGUCUCAGACGACAGCACAUUCGAAGACGUCAAUACGCUUAAUUUCUUGUCGGGACUAGAUAUUAUCCACGGAGAGCUAUUUCGUAAUAGAAAUAAGAAGAAUAAAUUUAUUCCUGUGUGCUUGGAUCACUGUUCUUUGGAUAUUCUUCCUCCAGAGCAAAUUAAUUUACCAAAAUAUAACAUACCGUCAAAGAUCGACGAUCUAGUCAUCGAACUUCUAGGUGAAACACGAAGACAGCCUGAUAAAGAAGGUCUGUUGGAAAUCGAAGGCAAAGAAUAUGCCGACGCCAAAACUAAGUUGAUCUUGGCUAUAGCAAGAAACAAAAAAAGUCACAGCAAACAGACGUUCAAUUCAACAGAAACCAAUAACGCUAUUUUUGUUGUAUGACAUAGAGGUUUGUUUGCGUACGAAUAACUGUACUAUAAUUUUCUACUACAUUGUUUUCGUCACAUUCGAAAAAACGGGUUAUACUUGAGUAACCAGUGGUAAAUUGAGAGAGCGGGACAAAGGGGUGACAAUAUUCAAAGUUUAUAAUUUCUGGGGACUCUGAAUUGUAAAAGUCGUGCAAUAACAAUGAUGGCCACAACUACAAGUAUUUAGUACGAGGAAGGAGUGAGUAGUCUAAAAAGCUAGUUUCCAUCGCACAUUUUUUCAAUUCUCCUUUCAAAAUAUUCUAUGCUGAAUAUUACAAAUAUUCCGACUAAUCUAUAUAAGCUAACUAAAACGAGAAUUGUUAGUACCUACCUAAUAAUUACAUUCAGAAAAUUUGACGUUUCAAGAGGAAAAGAACAUUGGAUUUUUGAAUCAGAGAAGCACAGAAGAAAGUUUGUGAUAGAUUUUCCGCACGAAAGAUAAACUAUGCUAUAAAUUAAAUAUUACAAUGUCAACUUAAUCUUCUUAGAACAAGGAGACUGAACUGAAAAGAUUUUAAAAUUAAAUCACUUUUAUAAUUCUCAUUUAGGUUUUUAGAUUUAACAACAGUUAUUGCCUUCUACAUUUAUUCAAAUUCAACUCUUUGUAUUUGUAUCAUUAAGCAUGGCAAAAAUAAUAAAUUGUGUUCACUGCAUAAA